GUCUUGGAAUCCAGGAGCGGGGCCACACCCCUCCCUAACGAAAAGAGAAACCCUGCUCUGGGAGGGUCUGCGGGAUGGACAAUGAGGCUGCAGCCAUCUGAGGCAGAAAAUCAGGCGACACGGCAGGUCUGGGUGGACUGAGAUAGAUGUGUCUCGGACUGACUUGCCUGAGCAGGGGUGGAGGAGUUCGUAUCGAUGUCAAGAAAUGACCAACACACAGCCCCGCAAAGAGAUCUCCUCAGAUUUCCUUUCUCAAUAUGAGCACAUCUGCGCGCUCCAGGGUUUGGUGCCUCUCCCCGCCGUGAGGACCAGUCUGAAGAUGGGGACGCUGGGCUUCAAUGCGGAUCGUCUCCGCCUACUGGACUGGGUGCCUUUGCUGAGUGCCCUGAGGAUCAACAAAACUCUGCCCUGCGUUUCAAUCAGGAGCACGUUUCAGCCAUCUUUGCAAGACACUGUGGCUGAGAAGCAUAAAUCCUACGCGAGAAGGCGCAUCCCUGCCGUCACGACUAAAGAAGUGACUAUCCAGUUGUGUAAAGCUAUUAAAGGAUGCUUGACCAUAUCUACCGCUCUGACCAACCUUGAGUUUCAGGGAAUCCUUUUAAGAGGGCGAGAUAUAAUGUUCUUAGCAAAGGGAUUGAAUAAAUCAACAUCCCUGACACACCUCUCUCUGGCGUUUUGUCCAAUUGGAGAUGUAGGUUUAGACAUUCUCUGUCAAAAUAUAAAGAGCCUAACUACCCUUAAGACUGUAAACUUCACUGCGUGCAAUCUUACUUGGCGGGCAGCAAAACAUAUGUCCGGCGUCUUAAAAUACCAGGCAAUCAAAAGGCAUGAGGAAGUUUGGACUGCCAAUCUUCGCAACAGGAAUCCCGAUCUGGAGGGCAUGGGUGGCUUGAAGAGAGUUACUUUCAAUUCCAACCCGCUUGUAGGCGAUCAAGGUGCACAUGCUUUUGCAGACUCCAUUUGUGACAAUUUGUGGCUGAGAGCCCUCGACCUGCAGCUGUGUGGAAUUAGCAGUGGGGGUGCUAAAGCUUUACUAGAUAGUCUGGAAUCCAAUUCAACUAUGGUGAUUCUGGAUAUAAGAAAAAAUCCACUCGUUGACCAUACUUUGACGAGAGCAAUUAUCGAAAAACUUAUCCAUAAUGGAAAGAGUACAAAAUCAGAAUAUAAGUGGUUAAGUUCUUCCUCCUUAAAGGACUUUUUUCGAAGCAAACAGAAAAGAAGAACUAUAAUUCUGGGAAGUGGCCGAAAAGGAAAAGCUACUAUAAGAAUUGGCAUACCAUCCAAGAAAUCCGUAGUGACUGGAAGAAGAUAUGUACCAUCGAAAGAAUUUUUUGCCCCAGAUCCAUUACCAUCAGGUGUACCUUGGCGUACAGCAGAACGGGCAAAGAGGUACAGGAGCUUCCCACUGAUCAAAAGCAGAGAUAUACCUUGUUAAUGAAAUGCUAAGUUGUGUCUACUUUUCAAGUAAAGGAAAACCUAAAGGGCAAGACAUUCAUUUGAAAGAAGGAAAUGAGAAAGUAUAGCUCAAAGGAAAUAACUCACAUCUUGUCUUAAACACGUAUUUUGUAAAAACAAGGAAAGCUAUGCUGCCCUUAUGAGAAUCAUUGAAACUACAUUAAAUGGAAUAUUCAAAUCUG